AAGGAAUACCCACAACACACCUCUGCAUAUUGUUAGUAUUUUAGCGUGUUAGUGCCACCCUGGUAUUCUUAUCAGCUUGUUUGUAAAUCAGUUUUAAUAACAUUUUUGAGGAUUGAACAGUAAUAUAACAUGGAUAGCAAGUCAGAAAGUAAAAUUAACGCAACUUCAGGGAGCACAACAGCUAACGAGUCUUGCGAACCUGCUGGUGAAGAAACAACUGCAGAUUUGUUGUCUAAAUCCAGUGCGGAUGUUGACAAUGAUGUUAGUCCUCCUCCCGGCGGCGGCAAAGGGGCAACAAAGAAAAUCAAAGGCAAAGCCAAGGGCGCCGCGUCUAACAAUUUGGAUAACGAACUAAAAAAACUAACCCAGCGUCGCAUUAAUGUGGCGGGUGCACCAAAAAUGCCAUUGAAUUCGUAUGUGCGCUUCAUGAACGAUCGGCGGGAGCAACUGCGUCGCGAGCAUCCAAAUCGCACAGCAUUGGAGCACACGAAAAUGAUAGGCGAGGAAUGGCAUCAGCUAACGGAGGAUCGCAGGGCGCCGUACAUGGAAGCGGCGGCCAAGGACAAAGCACUAUAUCAGGAGCAAAUGCAUAAGUUUUUGACAGAACAUCCUGAAAUUGUGGCCAACGAGUUGGCCAAGGCAAAAAAGGUGUUCGACACCAAGAACGCCAGCACGCCCAAGGAAAAAGCAACCAACAAUGAUUUGCCCAGCAAUCAUGCUGCACCACGGAAAUCAAAUCCCAAGACGCCGCUGAACAAACAGCAGAGUGCGCCAACGCCAGAUCCAGAUGACAUACCCUUGGCACAUGUGAAACGUUCACCAACACCGCCUCCGCAGCCGCCUGUUGCAGGAGCAUUUAAUCCUGUGGCUGCGUUGCCACGUCCCUUUGCAGCUGGCGAGAUUCCCAUCUACACAAACGAGUUCAUAGAACACAAUCGCAGCACGGAGAAUGAGCUGCGACUGCUGCGCAAGACCAAGACCGACCUGGAGCAGCAAAAUUCGGUGCUGGAACAGCAUGUAGAUAACACCAAAACCGGGCAUGCCAAGGUCAUGGGCGAAGUGGCCGAGCUGAAAGAGGAAAACGCCCGUUUAAUGGCCUACAUCAAGGGGCUGCGGCAGAAAGUUGUUGGUGCACUGGAUGGCAUCACGUUGCCACCGUUGGAACCCAGCGGAUUGAGUGUUGACAAUGUGGACAAGUAUUUGCAGCAUCUGGCUGGCAUGGUUAGUGGACAACAGAACAAUGCCAUGCUGCUGAAAGUAAGCGAACUGCUGGGCAAAAUGGACACUGCAACACUGCAUAGACCAUAGGAUCAAGACAGGGUUUAAGUUUAGUUUU